CUCAUACUCUUUACAAACUCAAAAAUUUCACAAGGGAAAAAGCUAUUGGAAAUUUCCACAACUCUGGAGCUAGAUCUCCCAUUUCCGGUCUUUGUUCCUUCUAUCUUCGCAACGGAGGCACCCGAAAGAGACAAAAUGAACCCGCAAUCAUCAUAUAUAAAAAGGACAGACAUCGGGCCAGCGAUAUCCCAUCCAUGUCUCUCGUUCGAGCAACCCUGACUCUCGUCCAGGCGAUAGCGCACCACUCUGCGAUGACGCCUCCCAAUCCUACACCAAAAAAGGGACGUUAUCAUACUGAAGAGCUGUACAUCCUCCAAAUCGCACCUUUUAUUUUCUGGUUGCACUCUGUAGCCCUAUGGAUCUUCGCUGCCUUCGAAACGCUCCUCUACCUCACCACCAUCCACCCCGCGCCCACCUACGCAUCCCCCGCAAUCUGCCCCGCCUCCUCCUCCUCCCCCGCCUCCUCCUCCCCACACGUCCUCCCCACAACACUCUUCACCAUCGGCUCCAUCCUCAUCCUCGCCGGCUCCGUCAUGCGCCUCGACUGCUUCCGUGCCCUCGGCGAACUAUUCACCUUCGACCUAACCGUGCACCCCGCGCACAAGCUCGUCAAGACGCGCCUAUACGGCAUCGUCCGCCAUCCCUCCUACACCGGCUCCAUGUUCCUCGUAGCAGGGAUCGCCCUCGCGCACCUGACGCGCGGCGGCUGGGUCGCAGAGUGCAUCUUCAACGACUGGAGCCGGUGGGCCCUCUGGGCCCUCUGGUGGACGUGGACCAUCUCGGUGGGGAUCAGCAGGGCCCGCGCGGAGGAUAAGCAGAUGAGGUUGCUGUUCGGCGAUGACUGGGUGCAAUACGCUCGAGACGUGCAUUGGUGGUUCGUCCCGUACUUGCUUUGAUUCCAUCAUUGAUGCCAUGAUGAUCCCCCAUUCGUCGAUAUCUCGCCGGGCCCCGGGCGUAACAUACUGGUUUUAUGUAGCAUAGAUAGAUCGUUCGACGAACCCGCAUGUGACUGACUAUCCCACUUGGCUUGGAGUGAGAUUGAUGACCCUGGACCAUGCCGCUCAUUCGACAGCGUCCAAAACUCGAACACGCGACUCGGACAAU